AUUUGGGCGAGCCCAGCCCCGUCCGUGGUAGCAGGCCAUGGCGAUGGGCAGCGGCGGCGCGGGCUCUGAGCAGGAAGACACCGUGCUGUUCCGGCGUGGCACCGGCCAGAGUGAUGAUUCUGACAUUUGGGAUGAUACAGCAUUGAUAAAAGCUUACGAUAAAGCCGUGGCUUCCUUUAAGCAUGCUCUAAAGAACGGUGACAUGUGUGAAACUUCAGAUAAGCCAAAAGGCACAGCUAGAAGAAAACCUGCUAAGAAGAAUAAAAACCAAAAGAAGAAUGCCACAGCUCCAUUGAAACAGUGGAAAGCUGGUGACAAAUGCUCUGCCGUUUGGUCGGAAGAUGGCUGCGUUUACCCAGCUACCAUCACGUCAGUUGACCUUAAGAGAGAAACCUGUGUCGUGGUUUAUACUGGAUAUGGAAACAAAGAGGAGCAAAACCUAUCUGAUCUGCUUUCCCCGACCUGUGAAGUAGCUAACAAUACAGAACAGAACACUCAGGAGAAUGAAAGCCAAGUUUCCACAGACGACAGUGAACACUCCUCCAGAUCGCUCAGAAGUAAAGCACACAGCAAGUCCAAAGCUGCUCCAUGGACCUCGUUUCUCCCUCCACCUCCCCCGGUGCCCGGGGCGGGAUUAGGACCAGGAAAGCCAGGUCUAAGGUUCAAUGGCCCACCGCCGCCGCCACCUCCCCCUCCCCCGUUCUUGCCGUGUUGGAUGCCUCCGUUCCCUUCAGGACCACCAAUAAUUCCUCCACCCCCUCCCAUAUCUCCCGACUGUCUGGAUGACACGGAUGCUCUGGGCAGUAUGCUAAUCUCUUGGUACAUGAGUGGUUACCACACUGGUUACUAUAUGGGUUUCAGACAAAAUAAAAAAGAAGGAAAGAAGUGCUCACAUACAAAUUAAGAAGUUCAGCUCUCUCCCAAGGAGAUGGUUUGUUGGUGUCCCUGGUCGAUAAGAACAGAAGUCUCCUCGUCACCUUUGUGGACUCUUGGCUAAGUGGUGUCAUCAUCAGGGUCUCCCUGUCCCGGGAGUCCAUCCUGAGUCAGCAGCAGGGCAUGCAUAGAGCAGCAGUUGGAGGAACCGAUCAAUCGAUCGAUCAGUGGCAGUGUGAGUGCAUGGAAGUCAGCCAAACUGUGACUGAGCACAAACGGACAAUUGCAAUUUUCUUAGAAUGUCAAGAUUUGUAUUAAUGCCUUUAAAAUUAAAUAAAAGCCCUUUUUUGAAA